AUGACAACUCAAUCAAAACAACACAUCAUUAAAAAAGAUGCUCAUCCAUUCGAUCGUACUCAAAUCGAAGGUUUACUCAUCAAACGUUUCUUUUAUGCUCCUGCUUUUGAAAACUAUGGAGGUGUAGCAGGUUUUUAUGAUUAUGGUCCACCAGGUUCAGCUUUACAAUCUAAUAUCUUAAAUGAAUGGCGACGUCAUUUUAUUAUAGAAGAAGAUAUGUUAGAAUUAGAUACCACGUGUAUCACUCCAGCAGAAGUGCUCAAGACAUCAGGACAUGUUGAUAAGUUUUCGGAUUGGAUGGUCAGAGAUACUGUUACAGGGGAUAUCUUUAGAGCUGAUCAUUUGAUAGAAGCUGUCAUUAAGUCUAGAUUAGAUUCUGAUUUACAAGCACGUGGUUCGAAACUCGAUGUAACCGAACAAACCUUAAACAAGAAGAAAAAGUUAAAAUCAUUAGCACCGGUGAAAUUAACCGAUGAGAUCGUACAGAAAUAUCAUUCACUUUUAGCACAACUUGAUAAUUUUACGGGUCCUGAAUUAGGUCACUUGAUCGAGUCAGAACAGAUCACUUCACCAGAGACGGGUAAUAAGCUUUCAACACCUAUUGAAUUUAAUUUAAUGUUUGAAUCUCAAAUCGGUCCGACUGGUCAAUUAAAAGGAUAUCUAAGACCUGAAACAGCUCAAGGACAUUUUUUAAAUUUCAAUCGAUUAUUAGAUUUUAAUAAUGGAAAAUUACCAUUUGCAUCAGCUCAGAUUGGACGAUCGUUUCGAAAUGAAAUCUCACCUAAACAAGGUUUAUUAAGAGUACGUGAAUUUACAAUGGCCGAAGUGGAACAUUUCUUAGAUCCGAAAUCAAAAGAUCAUGAAAAGUUUUCAUCGAUUGCCAACACAAAACUUAAAUUAUUAACUAAAGGAAUUCAAUCAAAUGGUCAAUCUGAAAUUUUAGAAAUCCAAGUGGGUAAAGCAGUCGAACAAAAGAUUAUAGAUAAUCAAACACUUGGUUAUUUUUUAGUUAGGAUUUAUGAAUUUUUAAUUAAGAUUGGAAUUGAUGAUUCUCGAUUGAGGUUUCGACAACAUAUGGAUAAUGAGAUGGCACAUUAUGCUACCGAUUGUUGGGAUGCUGAAAUCCUUUCUUCGUAUGGAUGGAUAGAAUGUGUUGGAUGUGCAGAUCGAUCGGCUUAUGAUCUAACGGUACAUUCGAUUAGGACCGGAACGAAAUUAGUCGUUAGAGAACCUUUGAAAGAAGGCAUUGAGUUUGAAAAGAACGUACCGGUGUUUGAUAAGAAAUUGUUUGGACCUAGGUUUAAGAAGGAUGCUAAACCGAUUGAAGAGAGUAUGAUGGAAAUGGAUCAAGAAAGAUUAGAAUGUAUUGGAAAUGAAUUAAGUUCGACUGGUUCAUCCAAAGUCAAAGUAUCAAAUGGAAAGGAAUAUGAAUUAACAUCUGAUGUGUUGAAGAUUGAAAAAAGGACAUUCAAAGAAACAACAAGAGAAUUUACACCAAAUGUGAUUGAACCUUCGUUUGGGAUCGGAAGGAUCUUAUACUCACUUCUAGAACAUACCUUUUGGACUAGAGAAGAAGAUAUUAAUAGAGGAGUGCUUUCUUUACCACCAUCGAUUUCACCUAUUAAAGUUUUGAUUGUUCCAUUAAGUGGUACAGAAGUCUUUAGACCGAUCAUAAAGAUCAUUUCUGACAAACUUAGGAAAGUGGGAUUGGCUAAUCGGGUAGAUGAUUCGAAUGCAUCGAUUGGUAAACGGUAUGCAAGAAAUGAUGAAUUAGGUACACCUUUUGGGAUCACUGUUGAUUUCGGUUCAGUUAAAAAUCAAACCGUUACUCUAAGAGAAAGAGAUUCUACUAAACAAUUGAUUGGUUCGAUUGAUGAGGUUUUAAAGGUUUUAGAAGAUUUAUGUUUUUGUAAGAUUCAAUGGGAAGAAGCUUGUGAAAGAUUAAAAGAAUAUAGUGGAACUCAAGAUCUUGAUUAA